UCUCAGAUAACCAGGAGCUGUCAGAGAGGGAGUACGCUGUGCUGCUGCUCCCCAACAGGAACCACAACUAUGCUACUUUAGUCAUUUAGCAGCUAAAUCAAACAUUCACUCCUUUACCGGAACAACAGAACCAGAACCAGCCGGUGUUUCGGGUCGUACAUUUUGGAAAUGCUCCUUUAAAUUGUCGCGAUCUGGCUACUUGUUAGCUUCCGGGGUUAGCUUCAUGUUUGGACCGUGUUGCUAAUUUUCCCGGCAUUACGACCUACCACACCUGAAGGCAACAACCGUCUGCAGGACUCGUACAAAAUCAGGACAACUAAAAGGUAAAUGGAGUCGAUCAAUUCGUUCGGCUGCACCAGUCCCGUUAGCUCAGGUUUGAAACGGAGGCCCGACGCCAUCCCCGGGCUUUCCUCGCUCUCCCUGCCCGAGAUGAGCACAAAGAACGGACACUGCAAGAACCUGUUCUCCCCCGGACCCGCGUCGGUUCUGUCUCCUGUCACCAAUCUGGCCCUGGACCUGAACAACUGGGCCGGCCUCGGAAGCCAAUGUGACACCCCGAAAAGGAGAAAGCAUGCCCCCCUGGAGAAGGUUCCCUCCUUCGGCUCUGAUGUCUCAUCUGAUGCUGGCCUCGGUAUGGAUCUCCCGAGUCCCAUGGAUGCGGUUGAAAUGGACGACGCAUUUGAAAGGGCCAUUCAGCAGUCGAGCAGAGUCGUCAACGAGAAGAUGCCAAUUAGAAGAAUCAAUUCAUUACCAGUCCAGCUCCUGAGCUUCAGUCCGUCUCUGAAGGGACAGGAAUCGGACUCCCACAGAUACGGAAUAUUCGGCCAGCAGCCCUCGCAGAUACCGGCGUCCUCGGGCUCCCAGCGCGAAAACAAGGAGAACAUGCCCGAGGAGGGCUUUGAAUUCAAGAAACCGACCAAGCCGGUGUCACGUUGUCGCGUUCGCUCCUUCAACAGCGGACAAUCAAAGGACGCGUUUGCCCGCCGUCCCAGCUCAGCACCGGCCCUCAUGUUUUCUUCGCAUCCUCCGAUCCAGCAGCUGGACUUUCAGGACUCCAGCCCCAUGUUCCUGCGGCGCUCCUCCCUCACUUCCUCGCUAAACGACGACGACGAUGACGGCUUCCUGGAGGUGAUGGAUGACAACAUGGAGAACGACUGUGGGAUGCCGAUGGGAAUGGCCAGUCUGCUUCACGCCCCUCUGGUGUCUGACAGUGGAGGAGAAGACUCUCCGGUGAACCGCUGCCGCCCCCGCAGCCUGUUUCGUUCCCCCUCCAUGCCCAGCCCGAUGUCCCGUCCCUCUGCGAAGCGUCCCGACUGCCCCACAGACGAAAACACACCGGUCAGGGUGAAGAGGCGUCGCAGCCUGGCGGGAACGCAGGUCACAACGCUGGAACAAAACCCCGAUUCUCCAAGAACGAGCUGCUCGCUGCUGCAGAGGUCCAAGUCCUUCUGCCAGACGGACAUCGAGAAGCUGCUGGACGGUGAAGACUGCUCCAAUGAGCUAAUAGGAGACUUCACCAAGCCGUUCGUGCUUCCCACAGUUGACGGCAAACACCAAGACCUCAAGUACAUCAACCCAGAAGUGAUGGUUUCAGCCGUGUCCGGCCAGUUUAAUCAUCUAGUGGAGCGAGUCAUCGUCAUCGACUGCCGCUACCCGUACGAGUUCGAGGGCGGACACAUCAAGGGGGCUCUGAACCUGCACCAGGAGGAUCAGGUCCAGGACUUUCUGCUCAAAUCGCCCGUCAUCCCGUCCUGCGCUGACAAACGCAUCGUCAUCAUUUUCCACUGCGAGUUCUCGUCGGAGCGCGGCCCCAGGAUGUGCCGCUUCGUCAGGGAGCGAGACCGCGCCAUGAACGAGUAUCCAAACCUCCACUACCCCGAGCUCUACAUCCUCAAGGGCGGAUACAAAGACUUCUUCCCUCAUUUCCAGACACAAUGUGAACCUCAGUCCUACCGGCCCAUGCACCACGAGGACUUCAAGGAGGACCUGAGGAAGUUCCGCCUCAAGAGCCGCACCUGGGCGGGCGAGCGCAGCAAGAGAGACAUGUACAGCCGACUGAAGAAGCUGUGAGCGCCUCGUAAAUUCUGUAAAAAAAAAAAACUGCCUCUAAACACACCACCACCUCCUCCCCCCCCCUGAACUGACAGAGGACUGACUCCCCUCGAGAGCCUGGGGCUUCACCUCACCCCCCACCUGCCAGGAAGAACCCUUUUGGAUUACAGAGCCUCGUGAAGUUCCACCCGGCUUUAGCAAAGUUAGUUAUUUAUGCAAAUGUGAAGAGAAGCCUGAGGUGCAGCUUGACGAUCGUUUUAAAACCACUCGGACCUACUGCCUGUUUUAUCUUUUAUUAUGCACAACAGAUCACCGCCACGUCGCAAUAACACCACCACACUGCCAGUUUAUAUUUUCUUUGCUCAUUGUUGUGUUUUUUUAUGUCCCCUCCUUAUUUAAGCACUUAAUUUAAAGCGAGCGUUGCGAGGUGCUUUUUUUUUUUUUUUUAAAUAUUCUGCAUUUAUAACGUUUUUGUUUUUAAUGAAUUGUAUAAACACUUCGAUUCCCUCGGUGCGCGCCUUUCUCUAGGCGUCCCAAAAAUGCAAAUUGGAUAUUUUAAUGUCAAGUCAAUAAAUGCCGAGCUUUUUUAUUUUUCCUUUGCUUCCUGAUCAGUCGCAGUGCUUGGUGAGUUUUUUUGUUUUUUUCUCUCUUCCUGGGUCAGAAGAUGCCAAAGCAAACCGACUACCUGUUAACUUUGCAGUGAGAUUUUUUUUCUUCUUCUGAUGCUGCAGGUCAGCAAAGUGUACGAGGAUUCACAUUUCUUUGUUUUGCUUUGUUUCCCUUUUGAUUUUUUGAGAGAAAAAUGUCUUCUCCUCUGCAGAGCUGAUGUCUGUUUUACAAUGAACAGGGUGGUUUGAAUGUUUUGGUUUGGGCUCGUGGGGGAGCUGUUGAAAUAAAGAGCCAAUGUGUGUUCAAAUGUGA